AAGAAGCGCAAGUUGCCAGUGGUUUUUUAUUUACUCUCUUCAUCAGUUCCGCAUAGACAGCACAGGCUUCCGGAACGCUUCCGGUAACGCGGAAUUAUGGGAAAUCACCAUACAGAUUAAAAGCCUUCGCUUCAUUACAGCAUCCUGCAGAUCCUGGCAGGGUCUCUCAAUGACAAUGUACUUGGCAGGAGAAAGGGACCAGAAGGUGUGCUCAGCUGUCGUCUGACAGUACUUGGCAGCCGCUGUGUUGGCAUGUUUUGCUUUUGUGUGUAGGUCCUAAUGCCACAGUAAGCUAUUAGCGUCUACCUCGACUCUGUCAUGGUUUCUUAAACCAAUAAUGGUAAAGCUGUUCUUCUGUUAUCAUAAAAUAUCACAUGGACCAUUAGAAGAAUCUAAGAAUCUUGUUCAAAAGCUAAACAAAUUCACUGUAAACACAUUUCUGCUUGCAUAUUGAGAGAAUAGGUCUUAGUGGCUGCAUUUUAGUAAGCAACAAAGCAGCUCGCUUGUAAGUGGGAUUGAAUCUGUAUGUAAUCCACCAUCUGUUGGGCAAUGGGCAUCAUCCUGAGGUGUAUUACGCAGGUAAUCUGAUGCCAUUCGUGUAGAGCAACUAGCUUUGAAUUUAAAACUGUGUUUGUGCACUUGAGAAGCGUACCGUCCACCUCCUGCUGACAGACCUGUGCUUCAGUAUGCUGCUAUAUUACAAAACACAGGCUAUUUCACAAAGAAUGGGACAGAAGAAUCAGAAAAUAGAAAGCUCUAGCUGUGCUUCUACUGCAUCUCAGCAGACUUCUGAAGAAGGCCAGGACGAUCUCAUCCGGCCGAAGAAACUGUUCAACCCUGUUUUGGAGUCUUCUAGUGGUAGAGGUUUACAUCGUGAACUGCUAGUCAGCCACAGAUGGGGUCUCCUGCCUGAAGAGAAGCCGGAGCUGAAGCGGGUGCUGGAACAGAGGAGACUGGAGCAGCACAGAGAGAGAGAACAAGCCUCACAUCCACCGUCUGACCUCGAGCAAGAGCUGCGCAAGAGACGCCAGAGACUCUUGGCGUACGAGCAGGAAGAGCUGAGACGCAGAGAGGACCUACAAAACAUGCCAGAGUUUGUUCGAGUGCGGGAAAACCUGAGACACAUCACCGUCACAGGCUACUGAACCAACAGAAAAACUAUGAAUACAAGAGAUCCAUUUUCUCAAAGAACUGCUUUUUGUUCUGUCAGAGGGAAUCAUUGUCAUCAGUAUGAUUCAGUCAUUUUGUGUUGUGCUCUCUCACCGCAACCAAAUCUGAAAUGGCUUUUAAAGCAUGCAAAUGACUUUUUGUGUCACCAUCCAGGGCCAAAAAAACGUUUAGAUGAGUUUUUUCCCCCCAGCUAGUCAUGCUGUGAACAAGAGAUGGUGAGAAAAUGCACUAAAAAUCAAUCUUGUCUGGUAUUCAAUAUUCUGUUUCACUUGGAAAUGUGUCACAAUUCUGAAGAUCACCAUUUCUGGUUCACAUGGACUUUUUUUUUGUAAUUUCAUAUGUGUGGUCACAUUAGCGAAACAUAGGUGAAAAUCCAUUGUCCAUUUAUCAAUAGUGUAGUGAUGCACAAAGUCACUUCAAACUAAAGGAGCUUUACAUUGUUUAACACGGUGAAUUUGGAUGUUCAAAGUUUAACAAACAUGAAUCCAAUGUAUGGUAAAAUGUUUAGCCUCAUACAGAAUUACACAUUGCACCAAUUUUGAUUGAGAUGGAUGCAUUUUUUGCACAGAAUUUCACUGUACAAAGGUAAAUAUGAUCACAUCCUAAUGCAUGGUUUUAAUAAAACUACUCUUUUAAAAAAAAAAAAAAAAAAAAAAAAUAUCAUACAAGGAGACCGAUCUGGUGUAAAACAGAACAAAAACAUUUAAUAAAAUUUGAGGUACAUUAUUUACAACUUAGUCACAACACAUAAAAUACUAGAAAUACUGCCAAACCUGGCAGCCAAGUUCUCUAAUCUUCAAGACAGCUUUAUCAUUAUAUGGCAAAUUUGUGAGCAAAACUCGCAAAGAAAACCAUCUCAGGUUCUCUAUCACAAUGGACAACAUUUGCCAAAAUACUUAUGAACAUUUAUCUUCAAGUUUUUUUCAUGUUAAUAAACUGCUAGUCUGGCA